CAGUCAUAGCAGCUCUUCGACAGGGUGACACAUACUGCAGUGCUAAUAUCAGAGCGUUACUCGAAUGUUCUGAGGCAGCAUAUAAGCAUUGAGUCUUGUUCAUUGGGACAGAAGCACAGACGAAGUCGACCAGCUCAACACAGCACCGAAAAUCCACCAAAGAUGCUUUGCCCAAGCACAUUUCAGCCUCAUCUCAGCCCAUUCAUGGACUUCCACUGGCCAGUGCGCAGCCUGUGGCCGGAGACAAGACCUCUGUUCUUUCAGAUCGAGAAAGAAAUGAUGAGACACAUGCAGGAGAUGAGGCACAACCUGGAGUUCAUGGAACGCCUGCACCAAAGGAUUUUUGACGAGAUUGACCAUGUCCCACCCAUGACCACUUUCAGACCCAUCUCAUUCCAGCUCGGAAAGGAAGGAAGCCAUUAUGCACUGACACUAGAUACGAAGGAUUUCUCUCCAGAGGAGCUGUCCGUCAAACAAGUGGGCAGGAAGUUGCGGGUGAGCGGCAAGACAGAGAAGAAGCAAGAUGAUGGGAAAGGAUCGUACUCGUACAGAAGCCAAGAAUUUAGGCAGGAGUUUGACCUUCCUGAUGGUGUGAGUCCUGAAAUGGUGACCUGUUCUUUAAAUAACGGCCAGCUACAGAUACAAGCACCCAAAGAGGCUAAUGCUGUGAGCAACGAGAGAGUGAUUCCCAUUACAUACACUCCUGCUGUGAAGAGUCCUGCUCCUCAGAGCCCUCAGCCUGAGAACCCGGCAGCUGAGGCAGAGUCUAUAACUGAGCUUAGCCUCUAGAACCCACAACAGAACUAAUGACUCUAUGGGACACCCAUUUAAAGCUCGAACUUAAACAAGUUUUAAAAGAUCUUUAUUGAUGCUAUACAUCUUGUAGAACUGUAUUAACAUUUUGUUCGUUGCAUUACUGGAACAGAAGUC